GCCCUGGUUGCUGGUGACCGGUAGCCUGACUGGGCUCCUCCCCCGGCCCGCCCUAGCAGGUUUAUCUUGUGACCGCGUUAGUUGGUCUUCCUUCCUUAAGCUUGGAACCUCCUCAGCUGCGAUGCGUUUCUUGGCUCCCACGUUCCUGCUCCUGGCGCUUAGCGCCUCCGCCCUGGCCGAGCCGGUGCAUUUCAAGGACUGCGGUUCUGUGGUCGGAGUUAUAAAGGAAGUGAAUGUCAACCCAUGCCCCACCCAGCCCUGCAAACUGCACAAAGGACAAUCUUACGGUGUCAAUGUCACCUUCGCCAGUAGUACUCAGUCGCAAAGUAGCAAAGCCGUGGUGCAUGGCAUUGUGCUGGGCGUCUCAAUUCCCUUUCCCAUUCCCGAGCCCGAUGGUUGUAAGAGUGGGAUCAACUGCCCCAUCCAAAAAGACAAGACCUAUAGCUACCUGAAUAAACUGCCGGUGAAGAAUGAAUACCCCUCUAUAAAACUGGUGGUGCAGUGGGAACUUCAGGAUGACAAAGACCAACGUCUCUUCUGCUGGCAAAUCCCAGUACAGAUUGAAAGCUAGAGCUGUCUGAUGCCAAUAUGUCCAUCUGGGGGUGAGAGAGCACAGGUGGAGGGAGGGGAGGAGAAAUCAAGUCUAAACUAAAUCAGUGCCAUAAGAUGAAAGGAAUUUCUAGAUGGCUGUUUCAUGCCUCUCAGCCUCCAAAAGCAUCUAUGACCCUAUUUCCUGAGAGCUCAGAACCGUUGCCCUUGUACUAGCCUUUGUAAAACGGUUGAAGGAAAGAAGAGAGAGUGAGACUAUAGGAAUUGAUUUCAUUGUCUUCAGGUUUUGUUGAGUUUUUGGUUUUAUUUUUGGUUUUUUGUUUGUUUGUUUGUUUGCUGUUGGAAUAAGGAGGGUCCAACCAGACAGGAUUCAAAUGAGUCUGCUUGAGGAUAUUAGAUAACUUGCCCUGGGGUUACCACCCUUGCAGCAGAGGACGGGUUCCAAACCACCUCCGUCUAGUUGGGAUAUUAUAUCUGCAAGUUCCUCAUCUCCACAUGUCUCAUUGAGUUCAGUGAGUCCAGCUAGCAAGCCUCCUGACCUUUGAAAGUACGUCCAGCUCCGCUGCUUCAACGGCAGUGACCUCUCUGCAGUGGUGUUCUGCGUUGCAUUGGAGGGGAGGCGUUCUACAACAGAAAUUCAACUCCAGAUGGCUGGUUCUCUGCGGGUAUCUCAUGUCUCCUUUUCUAUCUUAGGUGGUUUUCAUUAAAUGCAGCACUUGAUUAGCA